AUGGGCCAAGCUGCUACUCUGCCUUGCAGGAGAGGAGAGUCUUAUGUUACAGAGCUGUACGAGUGGUUCAGAAAGUUUAUCAAUGAAUGUCCAAGUGGGCUGAUCACUCUUCAUGAGUUUCAAAGGCAUUUCUGUGACGGAACUGUGGGCAGUGAGUCAGCUGAGUAUGCAGAGCAGAUUUUCCGCACGUUGGACAACAAUGGGGAUGGGGUGGUGGACUUCAGAGAAUACGUCGUGGCCAUCAGCAUGCUCAUUGAAGGCUCAGCCGUUGAGAAGCUGUGCUGGUCAUUCAAGCUCUACGACAAAGACAGAGACGGAGCCAUUACAAAGGGCGAGAUGCUGGAAAUCAUGCAGGCUGUUUCUAAGAUGAGUGUAGCUGCUGCUUUAACCAAACCCAACCCACUCACAGCUGAAGAAUGCACCAACAGGAUAUUUGUGAGAUUAGAUAAAGACAAUAACGCCAUCAUCACUCUGGAGGAGUUCAUAGAGGGAGCGCUGGAUGAUGAUUGGAUCAGAGAGAUGCUGGAAUGUGACCCCAGCACGGUGAAGGUGGAGAGGCCCUUGAGGAGGGACAGCGCUUUGGGGACUGAUGGUGAACCUGAAGUGGGGUAGUCCUGUACUCGCUGGGUGGGGAGGAAUGAACCGUUGUUUCCUGAUUUCUUCAUGUUGUUUCAUGAAUUCUUUCUUUGCUGGAUGACUUCAUAGUUUUUUGAUCAUUUCGAUUAUCCUCUUAAAAUAAAUGAGAUUUGACAUGA